AUCGAUUUUGCGGGGUGACUCAACGUCUUCACGUAGAUUAGUCAUCAUCAAAGUUGGACUCUUUGCUAUCAAGAGUCAUAGACUCUUCUCUUCUUGAAUUGAUGGUAUCGAACUCAAAUAAGAGCCUUUGUCGUCAAUUCGAAGCAAUAGAAGUCCCACGGUCAUUCUUUCAAACAUAGAUUGGAAGGGCUGCUCAAUUGCCACAAUUAUCUCGUUCCGCUAGAGAUUCAGAUAGUCAAUGAUCUGAGGAACCGUCAUCAUUUCAUUGAUCCGAAACUUCAAGUACGACUUCCGAUACUUACUUGAUUGCACUUCUUUGCAUCUGAUUACGAAUUCGGGGGUUUCUCUCGGCCAAUUUGCCAAUUUCAAAUCCUGUAUCUGCGACCGACCAUAGCGGCUCGAUAAUUCUAGCGGAGUGAAUGCCAUCAAGAAAACCAUCCGAAUCUAUCAUAUACAAUGGGAUCCGAAAAGAACAGGCUUUUCCAUCAGUCCUGGAGGAAGGACUCAUACUUCAUCUCGACAGAUCCCGCCCUCAUUCCGAUCAAGAAGCUGAACGAAGCCUUUGCAUCUGAACAAGUAUACUGGACAGAGGCAUUACCAGAAGAUAUAUUGCGCGAGACGAUCGAGAACUCGCUCAGUUUCGGCCUGUACAGACUUGACGAAUCAAAGAGCGAGGCUGCGAGAAACAUUUCACCGGGAUCGCCCGAUCUUGAGUUGGUCGGCUUCGCGCGCUGCAUUACGGAUUAUACGACGUUCAUUUACCUCACUGACGUGUACGUCGACGCGUCAUGUCAGGGGAAAGGCCUUGGAGCGUGGAUGAUUGGAUGCGUGCAGGAGGUUAUUGACUCUAUGCCCUAUCUCCGGCGCAGCUUGUUGUUCACGGGGGAUUGGAAGCGUUCAGUGCCUUUCUAUGAGAAGCUUAUGGGGAUGAGUGUGAUGGAAUGUAAGAGAGGGGAGGAUGGCAAGAGCGGAGUGGGUGUUGCAAUCAUGCAGAAGAAGGGCCCACAAUUCCCAAGUUCACUGAACUGAUGGCAGGCAUUGCAGUGUGCGACGCGCAAAAGAUCGGUCGGAAAGCGGAAAACCGAGCAGGUUGGGAUUAUGAAGAUAACGAAAACGGAGAUAUGUCUUGAUGUUUUGUCAAUAGAUACUGGCCAAAUAGAGGAAGAGGACUUCCAAGAUAAUAGAAG